GGACAGGAGCCUCUGACUUCCUCCAUGCUGGCUGCUGCUCCACUGCAGGAACAGAAGCAGAUGCUGGGUGAGCGCCUGUUUCCACUGAUCCAGAACAUGCACCCCAGCCUGGCGGGCAAGAUCACCGGCAUGCUGCUGGAGAUCGACAACUCAGAGCUGCUCCACAUGCUGGAGUCCCCCGAGUCCCUUCGCUCCAAGGUGGACGAGGCCGUGGCUGUGCUGCAGGCCCAUCAGGCCAAAGAGGCCGCUCAGAAAACUGUGACUAAUUCAACCGGCGUCCCAAGUGUCUGAACCCAAGGAAUAGGAACCUUGUGAUAAACUUCAGUACCAGAGAAAAGGCUUGAAAAAUCGCAAACGAACAAAAAUGUACACACAAAACAAAGUAAAAAGAAGUCAAAUAAUAAUUAAAAAAAGAGAGAACAUUCAAUAAGUUUCCAAUCAGACUUGAAACGAACAAAAAGGUAACUGGUCUGGUUUGAGUUAAAGACAAAAUGCACAAAAAGAGGAAAAAAAUGCGUUAAAAUAAAAAUG